AUGAGUCUCAAGAUGAGAAAGUUUACUUAUGUUACUCUCGUCGCAAUCGCACUAUUCGUCGUGUUUGCCCCCCAGCCCUAUAUUGCUGCUCGCAGCAGUACUAGCAAGUUCAACGCCCUAGCGAACUUCAAACACCAAGGCUCAUGCCAACUAUCGUCUCUCGACUUGUACGAGCCAAGAUCUCAUGUUUGCCACAAUCGGACUUCAAUGCUGGAGGCAAUGUCAUCCGGCGGUCGGGCAGGUAGAGAUAUGCCGUACGUUUCCAGAGGCUGUGAUAUGGUUUGGUAUACGACAAGGGAUGUGUGCGAAAUUCUAGGGCGAUUUUCGCAGGUCAUGUUGAUCGGAGAUUCGAUGCUGCGACACAUAGUCGGGGCGCUUAACAUUCUCAUCCGCGAGGACUUGGGGUACGGUGCGGUCACAGACUGGAACUUCAACAAGGAGGAGAGGCGUGAUUGUUUCUGCCUCAAUCAAUUCAACGUCAAGACAUGCUCCGUUCAGGGCAUUUACAAGACGGCGGAUGUCCUGGCGCACGAUCCGAAGAGCUUGGUCUGCCCAAAAUUGAUUCCUGGAUGGUCUACGGAUCUGUCAAUUGAGCAAAUCAAUCGUUUCCCAAUCCCAGAUGAAGAGUCAACCCGUCUCCGUGCGAGUGUGCGGGUCAGCCAAUCGGUGGUCUUGCCCAAGCCCAGAGCAUUCAUCCUUGGUCAAGGGUUGUGGAAUAAUCUAGAGCCCGAAUCGUCGGUACACUGGCUUGACUAUGUCCUCAGUAUCAUCAAUCGCGGAGCGGAUUUCCAGCCGCCCACGUUGCUUGUUACACCAAAUGCAGCGGGCAAGGACAAGCCUGAUAGGUGGCUUGUGACGCAAGGAAACAAGGCUCUGGCUCGAUUUGAAGAAGCGAUGGCAGAUACUGCAAACAAGUUGGGAGUCGAUCAUCUAGGUACCUGGAAUAUGUCAAUUCAAGCAACGUUGUAUGAUGGGGUUCAUCUCGAUAUGCGUGGCAACCUGCUAAAAGCCAUGAUGGUGGUCAAUUGGCUCGCUCUGCUAGAAUAUUGA